AUCCAUAAUCAGCAUCAGCAGCCGCAGGAGGAGGAGGCGAACAGCCAGACACGGACAGCUAUUCCCCAGCAGCACCAUCGCCGACCAUCAUCUCUGCUGCUUGCGGGCCCAGCGAUUCGGCUACGGGAGGGUCGCGACUCGGCCAUGCAAGGAAGGAGAAGCGUGGGAGGAGGAUUCUGCUGAUGAUGAUGCUGCUGAUGAUGCUGUUCGCUGUGAACGCUUGGGAAUGACGAUGCUGCUGCUGCUGAUGAUCGAGGCGGGUAGAGCAGUAGCAGGUUUGUGGCCGUGUCGCCUCGCCAGGCAGCAGCCGUCCUCGGUGCCGUGUUGCCCGGCAGCAGUGUGGUCCGAGGGCAUUAUUUGAUUCGUCUGAGACUGCACGAGUUGAUGGAGUGACGGCUGAUUCGUGGUACUGCUGGUGUGACGGGCAUAUGGUCGUGUUUAUUCUGUCAAAUGGAUUUCGUCAGCCCGGUCUGUGCAAUUCCAGCGUUCGUUUUAUUAGCUGCACGCUACCAUUUGGGUGCACUCUCUGCGGUCUAUGAUCAUCAUCACCAUCCUUAUCUCGGCACGUAUUGUCACCCUCGGUAAUUUAUCGCAUGAUUAAAUCGUCAUCAGCAGCGUCAUCAGCAUCUAUAUUGGAUUUUCAAUGUCACUACCAUCUCGUCCAUAUCGUCUCUGAUAUCAAAAUAAUCACCCAUCUUAUUUUUAUCACGAUCGCCAUAUUAUCAUAUAUUAUGUCUAUAUCAUCGUCAUCAUCAUCUUAAUCUUCAUCGCCAUAAUAAUAUCAUCUUAGGUCAGUCCAGAUCCUCGCCAGUAGUGUUAACUUCAUAUCAGCAUGGAAUCUACUGGGUCCGUAUAAUCGCCAUCAUCAUAUCAUCGAUUGAAUCGUCGUAAUUAUUACCAUCUACUGCGUCAAUAUCUAUAUCAACGACCGUUGGACACCACCACCACCAUCAUCAUCUUCAUCAGCGCUCGCCAGCUCCUCCUCACCUCCAUCAUGAUGACCCACGCGCUGCAGUCCGGACUUCGCGCGGACACGCUGGAGAAGGCUCGCGUGGAGCUCUGCGAGAGGCCGGACGCCAUCCAGCAGGACAUCCAGGAGGUGAGGGACAUGAUCGUGACCCGGCCGGACAUCGGCUUCCUCCGCACGGACGACGCCUUCGUGCUGCGCUUCCUCCGUGCUCGGAAGUUCCACCACUUCGAGGCCUUCAAGCUGCUCGCCCAGUACUUCGAGUACCGACAGCAGCACCUGGACAUGUUCAAGAACUUCAAGGCCACCGACCAGGGCAUCCGGCAGGCUCUGCGAAACGGCUUCCCCGGCGUGCUCUCGCACUCCGAUCACUACGGCAGGAAGAUCUUGGUCAUUUUCGCCUCCAACUGGGACCAGAUCAGGUACACCUUCGUGGACAUCCUUCGCGCCAUCCUUCUCUCCCUGGAGACCAUGAUCGAGGAGCCCGAGUUGCAGGUGAACGGCUUCGUGCUCAUCAUCGACUGGAGCAACUUCUCCUUCAAGCAGGCCUCCAAGCUCACGCCCGGCAUGCUCCGGCUGGCCAUCGAGGGCCUGCAGGACAGCUUCCCGGCGCGGUUCGGCGGGGUCCACUUUGUGAACCAGCCCUGGUUCAUCCACGCGCUCUACACGGUCAUCCGGCCUUUCCUCAAGGAGAAGACUCGCAAACGGAUUUUCCUGCACGGGAACAACCUGACGAGCCUGCACCAGCUCCUGCACCCCGAGAUCCUGCCCUCGGAGUUCGGCGGGAACCUGCCCCCCUACGACAUGGGCACGUGGGCACGCGCGCUGCUGGGCCCCGGCUACGACGACAACGACGCGGAAGGGGCCGGCGCGCCACACGCCACGCUCGACGGCGGCGGCGACGGCGGCGGUGGCGGCGGCGGCCUGCUGAUCGUGGGCCGGCCCGGCGCUGCGGAGGAGCAAGAAGACGGCGGAUGCUGCUCGCAGCGCCACAUCAAACGGUCCCAAUCGGUGGUGGAGCGUGGAACCCUGCAAAGCGUCGACAAAGAGGAAGACAACACCCAGCCGCUUUUAUCCCUCGACUGAGCGCCCGGCGAAUUACUUCACCCACAGCCAAUCAUCGUCGUCGUCGCUGUCGUCUCACGGGAACGACGGCAAAACCACCGUGCUCAGGCCGGAGUCUCGGCAGCUGCCGCUGCUGCUGCUGCUGCUAACCGACGAGAAGCGUUGCCAAGAACGUUGAGACUCGACGAACCAAACAGAGCUACAAGAACUUUUGGUGUCACGCACCUUCGUACAUUUGCAGGGGAGAGCAAUUGUAGUGGCGAUGACUUCACCGCGUGUCCGGUGUUUGCGAAUUGCGUUCCCCUGUGUUGUUGCCAGUAUUCUUUGCUCCUCCUGCAGUGGUUCAGACUGCCCAGUUGCCACCGCCGCCGCCGCUGCUGCUGCUGCUGUUCCUGUGAACCGCGCUCCCCACCUGUCACGCUCGUGGCUAGUUCUGCAUUCUCCGCGCCAGCGUAGCGAUUCACCGCCCCCACUACCACCACGUGGCAGUGAAUGGCCACGGCCCAGAGCCACGCUUCCAUUCAAGGGUCGCUUUGUCGUCUCUCUUUUCACCUUCUCGGCAUUGUCGCUUCUCAUCUAUUUCUGUCUCGUUUGCGCAGUUUUGGUUUGCUCCAUUGAGCUUGUUGAAACUUGUGUAUAUCAUUUGCAUACAUCGGAUUCUUACACUAAUGAUUCAAUGCAUGUAAGGCCAGAUAACACAUUUUAAUCUAUGAAUCGUUACGCCCUGAUCGUGCGUAUACCAAUGCACCGAUUCAUUGCUUAAGGUGCAGUCCUACACUUUUGAUGCACGCAUACAAUUGUGCGUGUAAGACAACGGUGUGUCAUCAAUGCUGGUGACGUGAGUUAUUAUUAAUGAGUGUUAUAUUUAAGCUGACAGUGUGCGUAAGGCAGCCGGGACAAAUGAGACCGCUCAAACGUGCAAGACAAUACAAACGAGACGGUACAGACGAGCAACACAAUACAAACGAGAUGGUACAGACGAGACGGGCGGUUCUGGGAUGAGAGAAUCGUCACCAGAAUCUCGAGGUGGACGAGGACCGUGGCAUCACGUUGCACGCCACUGGUGCCUCCCCACGCGGCGCUGUGACGUCACAGGGGUGGGGGCUGGGGAGGAGACGGCUCCUGGCACGGGCAGCGAGCCGCAGGGCGCCCUUUGACCCCGUGUCUUUGUCCAGUUUUCGGGCGAGCCGGCCCGAACGGACGACGACAGGGCAGGCGCGAGAGAAUCGGUGCAGACGGGGCCCGAAGAGGGUUUGAUUCUUCCGUUGAAAUCGUCGUGCGAGUGACGGGAACCCGUCGCACGCGGUCCCUCCCGUCGGAUGCGGGUGGUGGCGGCGCGUGGCUCGACGCGGCGUCGAAGGGCGGCCUCCGAUUGGGUGCCGCGGAGUCGCCCGCGCGUGCAAGGCAAGGGUGGCACGUGACCUGGGGCCACCGAUCGGCUCGGCAUUUCACGCCCUCUCCCUGUUAUAUUCGGAGGUAAAAAAAACAACAACAUUAUUUUAAAUGUUUUGUUGCUUUAUUUUGUUUGCCAAACGUGGUGCUCAAGUGUUUUCUAAGUUUUGUUUAACGCAUUGCCAUACCCAUCUGCUGCUAAUGUAAAUAUGUCGCGACUUUAGAGAGGCCGGGUGUUCAGAAGUAAGAGGUUUGCCCUCCGCAAUACGUUUGAAGUGUUUAUUGUCUUUGAAAUACUUGCUGGUGAAUCUCAUUUUACGCUGCCUUCGGGUGCCGUGUGUGUUGUGAGUGGCACGUGACGAGUAUUACAAUCUUGCAGUAAAAGUGGCUUUCAGCAAACGACGUUGCUGCUCUCUCGUCCGUGACUUUGUGGAUUUUCAGAUAUUGGUUGAUUCUCCAAAUCGACGAAUGAAUUGGAAAUAGGACGUGGAAAGUCGUAUUGCAUACUCUUUAAUGUGAACAAAAGUAAAGUUAUGACCAAUUUCUGAGGGACAUGUUAUCGUAAUUUUUUUUAAAGCAUUGUAAGUGUGCAUGAAUCUACUUAUUUAGGUUAAAUUUGUUUUAAGUUCUGUGAUAGGCAGCACUACGAGACACACAAGAGAAUAAUCAGUACUUGGAUAAGUUUUUUUGGUCGCAGAAAAGCGUCACGAAGGGGACGUUACCAGCGUCUUGAAGCGGAAACUCGUGGCUUCGAAAUGACCGGCGGGACACAACCCUGGACCCGAAUGUAAAGGUCAAGGAAGGAAGAAACAAGUUUGCAACAGAGCAAUGGGGAAGGUGGAAUUUGAUUGUAACGAGGAGGAACGACAUCGCAAAUGAAUUGCGUGAGAAUUAAACCUCGGAAACUUCACUCCGUGAUUUUUCUUCAUGGAGUUAGCGCGGACAUCAGAUGAACACAACAACGGGAAGGAGACCGAUGGUGAGAGAAGGAGAAAGAAAGUUGGAGAGAAAAUCAGAUGGUGGGUUGAGGUGACGAUAUGUGGAGGGUCGCAUUGGUUUGUAGGGGCAAGAGGUCACGAUGAGCAGAAGCCACUGCGGAAGAAGGUCCCCUGCCCUGUAAUGUUCAAGUUCACUUCUAAGACAACAACAAAGUCCAUGAUAAUAGUAGUGACCCAAAUCAAUUGUCGUCAAGUACUCUUUGGUUCUUUCGGUAAAGUCACGUAGAUAGAACAUUCAUAGAUCACGACGUUUCAAUCGUAACACAAUCGACCGUCUUCUCCCCUGAAGACGGUCGCUUGUGUUGCUACCCACGUGACUUUACCGAAAGAAACCAAGAGUAUGGAUUCCUGCCGUCACGAACGCUUCAAAUCAAGAUUGUCGUCAAGUACUUUAGUUCCACAAAGCGAAAGAGAGAUUAGAGAGAUGAGCGCUCGGCCUGGGCGGUUCCUGGAUUGAGCUCGAAAUGAGAUCGGAGGGAAGGAGCGAGUGGCUCGGCGGUUUCUCUAGAUGCCUUCUGACAAAGUGAGAUGA